UUGGGAGGCGGAGAUGUGAUCUCGUUUUCGGGGCAUUGGACGAGGAGAAAGGUUCAAAUUGUGGAUUUUGACUUGAUCUUUUAAAUAGCUAACACGUGGCAAGAUAGAUCCGCAGACCUCAAUUACUCCAGUCGGGUCUAUAUGUGGAAAACCCCACAUGAAUACAUAUAUUCAUGAUGACGGUGCACCCGUUUUUUUCCACGGCAUAAAGAGAGUAAGAGAGUAGAGACGCCAUGGUUCUAAGACCCGUUUGGAAAUUGAAACAAACUCAAAUUGAUCACGGACUCAAAAUCCUCCACCAUCUCCGUGUUUCAGUUCAGACCCAACGCGUCUGCCAAUCCCAUGCUCUUGCCUCCAAUCCCGACACUUUUAACUGGAACUAUGAGCCAAAUAAUCUGCACCAAGCACGUAAAUCGUUCGACGGAAUUCCGAAACGAGACGUUUCAGAGUGUAAUAAGUUGCUCUUCGAGUAUUCUCGGAACAAUCUUAAUCAAGAAGCGAUAAAUCUCUUCUUGGAGAUGCACGGCUCCGAUGUUCACAUUGAUGGGUCCACUCUUUCUUCUAUUCUGAAGGUCUGUGGCUGCUUAUUCGAUCAAAUUCUUGGUAAGCAAAUACAUUCUCACUGCGUGAAAUCUGGACUUGAAGCUGAUGUUAGCGUCGGAACUUCUCUAGUUGAUAUGUACAUGAAAACUAAUGGCGUGGAGGAUGGAAAGAAGGUUUUUGAUAAGAUGCCGGAGAGAAAUGUCGUCUCCUGGACUUCAUUGCUCGCUGGUUAUACACAGAACGGGCUGGCUGACUUUGCCAUGGAACGCUUCUGUCAGAUGCAAACCGAGGGAAUUAAGCCCAAUCCAUUCACUUUUGCCAGUGUUCUUGCAGCUUCCGCAGCAAAGUGCAUGGUUGAAGAGGGUAUUCAAGUUCAUAACCAGGUCAUAAAACUUGGCUUUGAAUCAACAACGUUUGUGGGUAAUUCUUUGAUAAAUAUGUAUUCCAAGUCAGGACUAAUCAGAGAUGCUAGUGCAGUCUUUGAGGAUAUGAAGAACCGCGACGCAGUUUCUUGGAAUGGUAUGAUUGCGGGGUUUGUGUUGAAUGGGUUUGAAUUGGAAGCAUUACAACUCUUUUAUAGGAUGAGACUAGCAGGUGUGAAGCUGACCCAAUUGAUCUUUGUUACAGUUAUCAAGUUGUGUGCUAACAUUAAAGAAUUGGCUUUUGCAAAACAACUCCAUUGUCGGGUUCUAAAGAAUGGGUUCGGAUAUGAUCUUAACAUUACAACAGCACUUAUGGUUGCUUAUAGUAAGUGUGGUGAAAUGAUUGGUGCAUUAGAUUUAUUCUCUACAAUGUAUGGUGUUCACAACGUGGUAUCAUGGACCGCCAUAAUCUGUGGGUUUUUGCAAAAUGGAGAUACCAAGCAAGCAGCAGAUCUCUUUUGCAAAAUGAGCAGGGAAGGUGUUAGGCCAAACCACUUCACCUAUUCAACAAUCCUUGCGGCUUUCCCUGCUGUCUCACCCUUCCAAAUACAUGCUCAAGUCAUCAAAGCCAAUUAUGAGAACUUGCCUUCGGUGGGUACUGCUCUAUUGGAUGCCUAUACAAAGCUUGGAAACAUCCAGGAAGCUACAGCCAUUUUUGAAAUGAUUAAUGAUAAAGACAUUGUGGCAUGGUCAGCAAUGCUUGCAGGAUAUGCCCAAACAGGAGACUCUGAUAGAGCCAUCAAGCUUUUCUGCAAGAUGCAAAAGGAUGGACAGAAGCCAAAUGAAUUCACCUUCUCUAGUGUUGUUAAUGCAUGUGCAGGCCCUACAGCACCCACAGAGCAGGGAAAACAACUUCAUGGGAGUUUGAUCAAGUUUGGUUUGGAGAAGGCCAUAUGUGUAAGCAGUUCCCUUGUUACCAUGUAUGCAAAGAGAGGAAAUAUUGAAAAUGCUCUCAAAGUUUUCAGAAGGCAGGUGGAGAGAGAUUUGGUCUCAUGGAAUUCUAUGAUCUCAGGCUACGCACAACAUGGUUAUGGGAAAAAAGCUCUUGAGAUCUUUGAGGAAAUGCAAAACCAAGGCUUAGAACUGGAUGGUAUAACAUUAAUUGGUGUCAUCUCUGCUUGUACUCAUGCUGGUCUAGUGGAUGAAGGUGAAAAAUACUUCAAUUUGAUGGUCAAAGAACAUGGUAUAAUUCCAAAAAUGGAGCAUUACGCCUGCAUGGUAGAUCUGUAUAGCCGAGCAGGUAAACUUGAAAAAGCCAUGGAUCACAUAAAAGGGAUGCCAUUUCCAGCAGGUGCAACUGUGUGGCGGACUUUAUUGGGUGCAUGUCGUGUUUACCUCAACUUAGAGCUAGGGAAGGUUGCAGCAGAGAAUCUCAUAGCGCUUGAGCCACAGGACUCAGCUGCCUAUGUGCUUCUAUCAAAUAUUUAUGCAGCAGCUGGACAAUGGGAGGAGAGAGCUAAGGUUAGGAAAUUGAUGGAUGAGAGAAAAGUAAAAAAGGAGGCUGGGUAUAGCUGGAUUGAGUUAAAGAAUAAGACUCAUUCAUUCAUGGCCCGUGAUAGGUCGCAUCCUUUAUCAGAUCAUAUAUAUGCAAAACUUGAAGAACUGACUACCCGACUCAAGAAUGCAGGACAUCGCCCAGAUACAAAUUUUGUACUUCAUGAUCUAGAAGAGGAACACAAAGAAGCCAUUCUUUCUCAGCAUAGUGAGAGACUUGCCAUUGCCUUUGGGUUGAUAAGUACACCGCCUGGAACUCCUCUCCAGAUUGUGAAGAACCUCAGGGUUUGCGGUGAUUGUCACACUGUUAUUAAGUUAAUAUCAGUGAUUGAGGGGAGAGAGAUUGUAGUAAGGGACUCAAACCGCUUCCACCACUUCAAGGAUGGUUCUUGCUCUUGUGGAGAUUAUUGGUGACCACUUGACCAGUCUGGAGCCUGUUCGAUUCAACUCAACCAUCUACUCUAAAGAUGGAAAGGACCAUAUAGUUGUCCCAGUCAGAAGAAAACAUCUUUCCUAAGGACACCCAUAUCACAAGAGAAGCACAAUAGUUACUUCUGUUGUUCAUGUUACAGAGUUAAUGACCCAUUUGAGGUUUCACCAAGCAACCUUUUGAGUACUUGAACACUAACAAGGAAAUUGAUAAGAUUCCUACGCUAAUUUAUAUACAAAGAAAAAGGAAGUUGGCUUCAGCCUUUCAGGAAUCAAGAGAGGAUGGUUAAGCAUCAGAACUAAAGAAUAUAUGGCCUUUGGGAGGGUAGUGUAGACCUUGUCACCCUGAAAAAUGGGGCCCAUUGAGCCUACCAUGUCUCGGACUAUAUUUUGUAUGGGUGUAAGAGUGAUGAUGUUUCUAUCUUAUCCUUGCUAGCUGAAUAGUGUGCAAGGAGCAGCUGUUUUUGUAUCAAUUUUUUUCCAUUCAAUUAGCAAUUCCAAAUACCACAGUAAACUCCUCAACUUUCUAAUGACGUAUUUGCAGCAAAAAAAAAAAAAAAAAAAAA